AUGUCAUUCGGAGGAGGUGAAGCUUGCCCAGUGUGCGAAAAGAAGGUAUAUUUUGCUGAAAAGGCAUUAGGACCACAAGGAAAAUCAUAUCACAAGGCAUGUCUUGUUUGUACUGCAUGUAAAAAAUCUCUAGAUAGUACCAACUUGUGUGAAAAGGAUUCAAAGCCAUAUUGCAAGGCUUGUUAUGGAAAGAACUUUGGUCCAAAGGGCUUUGGUUUUGCUGGUGGAGCUGCAAUCAUGCACACCAACUAA